AUGUCAACGGCAGUUACCUCUGCGCCUGCACCAUCGCAAUUCGGCAACAUGAGCGAAGAGGCCCCGCCUCGCUUGCUGUCUGAAUUACAGGGAGGAGUUACUGUAAUGGAAGGAGAGCCGGUUCAUUUCGAUGUCCGUGUCGCCUCCGAUUCUGAUGUCCAAAUCACUUGGCUCAAGGAUGGAAAUCCAAUUUUGCCCGGCUCCAGGAUGCACGACUCUUUCGAUCGAGGCUACGCCUGUCUAGACAUCGAGUACACCCACCCCGAGGACUCGGGCAUGUACUCCGUCGUGGUUCGGAACCGCUGCGGCCACGUUCAGGCCAACCCUGCCGAAGUAAAAGUGAUUCCUGAGGAGAAACAGGAAUACGAGACGGUGGCGAUGCAGAACACGGCCUAUGAAACGAUGUCGAGUCUUGGCCGGGGACCAGAGGGCGAUGCCGUCGACGUGGAGCCUCCCUGUUUCACCCAGCCCAUCUCCUGCAACAACACCUCCGUGGCUGAGGGCCAACCUGUUCGCUUUAUUGGCGAAGUGUCGCCUACCAAGGACUCUACCCUUCAAAUUGAAUGGCUCAAGGAUGGCAAGCCUGUGGUCAUUGGCAGCCGUCUCAGCAGCAUGUUCGACCGUGGUGUGAUAGUCCUCGAUAUUGCCUAUUGUUAUCCAGAGGACAGUGGAUCCUAUACGUGCGUUAUUUCAAACAAGGCUGGUCGAGUUGAGAGCUCACCCAUUUCUCUCCUGUGCGAGGCUGGAGUGCGAAUCGUGACCAACUCCAACCUCACAGAGAGCUCCAUCAACCACCUGAAGCAGCUGGACGAUCCCGGAGCUGAGUUCAGCGGGUUCGUCGAACACGCUCCCGACCCCAUCCCUCCAAGCUUCACCGGACCAAUCGCGCCGCCACAACUGACCACAGUGGAAACCCUCGACGCUUACUUUGAGGUCCCCGUUGAGACGGGCAACGGCGUCAAGGUCAACUUUGUCUGGCUCCAGAAUGGCGAGCCGGUGCACUUCGGCUCUCGCAUUAACGGCAAGCUGGAGAUGGGCACGGCCAGUCUCAGCUUCAAGUACGUGUUACCCUCGGACACGGGCCGCUACGUGUGCAGCGUCACCACGGAGUUCGGCAGGGCGGAGAGCGAGCCCGCCGAACUUGUCGUCGAGACCACCAAGAACCUCAUCACUGAGACUCAACUCAAGGAACCCAAAGGUAGGGCCUGCGGGAAUUCAAUGGAUCUUGUUCUAGCACAACUUCUUUUGAACACAAACUCCUGGCUAGGCUACAUUAUACGCCUGCAAGCCGUGCAAGACCUCGAGGCGAUGUUGAAUGCGCCCAGGCCCGACAACUUCCACGAAGACGGACCUGCAGAAGCUCCACGAAUCUUAGUUCAGCCAAAACCCGUGGGCAGCUGUGUUGAAGAUGAGUCCGUGAGCUUUCGUCUGCAGUAUGAACCCUCCACUGACCCCAAUCUCGUUGUUCAAUGGUGCAAAGAUGGUGAGCCACUAACCAAUGGCACCCGUUUCCACGUUGAAUUUGAGAGGGGAAUCGCGAGCCUGAUAAUCCGCCACACAAUCCCCGAAGACAGCGGCACCUACUCGUGUCAGAUCACGAACGCCGCCGGUAGGAUUGACAGCGACCACCUCGAGCUGCAGUGCUCGCCAAGCGCUGCCAUCAUCACGCAAAGCAACCUUCUCGAGGGAUCAGAGGGCUUCAAACUGAUUCAGGCCAUCGAACACGGACACGACGGCUAUUGUCGGGCCUGGUCCCAUUUGCCCUCUUAUGCCAAUUGUAGACACGACGAUUCAUCGCGGUAUGCGGACGAGGAUCAAACACCGACAGCGCCUUCCAUCGACGUGGAGCCCAAGCCCACGGAAGCCAUUCUUGGUGCGCCGGCGCGCUUUCUGGUCAGAAUGAGUGGCUGCCCCACUCCUGAGAUCGAAUGGUGUCUAGACGGCAACAGCAUCCAACAGGAUUCGAUCAUCAAGGUGCUGUGUGACGGAGGCAUCAGUGUGCUGGAGAUCAACAAAUGUGACUUCAGCUUGGGGGCACACGAGGUCAAAGUGAGGGGUCACAACAGCCAGGGCAGCACUGAGGCGACCACAGAGCUGAUCGUCCACCCCGCAGACUACAAACUGCCGGACUUGAAGCACGUCAUGCCGGAAAACCCCUUCAGGAAGCAGGCUCAGCUGAAGCGCGUCGAGUGCACCCCGGAGUUGAGCAAGGCCUUCUCCAAGGCCAAACCCAAGCCAGAGCAGAUCAUCAUGAUGGAGCAGGGCUCUGAAAUGCGCACUAAAAACUACCGCUCGCCUGAGGUCGUGGCUGCAGAAGAACUUCUCAGCAAGGUCACCACCGGCCUGCGCAAAUCAAACAGGGUAGGUCAAGUUCACUUGGCAGGUGUCUUGCAAUGUCACUGCUCUACGACGGGGCAUUUCUACGCAAGCGAUCAGGCGUGUGGUCCCUUAAGAUCCAGUUCCGGGUUUUUUUGGUUCCCAUGA